AUGAGAUCAAGUGAAGAUAAAGGAUACUAUGAGAUUUCGAGCGGCAAUGUUUUUGAGUUUCAUAGAGGGAAUGUGGCUAACCGUGGUUCUCAUCAACGGCCUGGCUUCUGCAAACCGACACCUUCCAAAUGGGAUGAUGCGCAGAAAUGGCUGGUGGGGCUGUCAAAAGGUAGAAACAAGAGCCAACCCGAAACCACGCCUCGGAACUCAAACGCCGAUGACCGGAGACUGAUAGCACCUGUUCCACAGAAAGAACAAGACUCUUCGAACAGUGAAGGUGAAGUUCGUUCAGCAGCACAAGAAACAAAUGGUCUGCCAGCCACUGCUGUUGCAGCUAUGCCAUCUGAAUACCAAGAUGAAACAAAACAGGUGCACUGUGAUGAAUCGGUUUGCCGAAUCAAUUACAAGCCUGCAAACCAGAACUCAACAUCGGUUUUGAGAUCAGUAUGUGUGAGAUAUAUGGGGACCGAGAUGACCCCUGCUGUAAGCCAAGAGCCAUCAAGAACGGCAACACCGAUCCAAGCCAUGAGUCCUUCUGCAAGGAGUCCUAUUACUUCGGGAUCUUCCACUCCGGUCCGAUAUCACCAUGGACAACCCUGUGGUGAGAGCCAUCAAGCAAGUGCUACAGGUAAACAUGAUACUGAUGGAGCUGCCAGGGGAAAUGAAACAAAUGGACUGCAUAAACAAGAAUCCAGGAUGGAAAACAAUAAGUCGGAUCAAGCUAGCAAGCAAAAUACACUAGAAAGUCAAGCAGCGGCUUGGGAUGAGGCCGAACGUACUAAAUAUACGGCAAGGUACAAGCGUGAAGAAAUGAAGAUAGAAGCCUGGGAAAAUCAUGAGAAGAGGAAAGCAGAAAUGGAAAUGAAGAAAAUGGAGGUGAAAGCUGAGAGAUUGAAAGCUCGAGCAAAAGAGAAGUGUGCAAACAAACUUGCUGCCACAAGGAGAAUAGCUGAAGAGAAGCGUGCAAAUGCAGAAUCAAAACUGAAUGAAAAGGCAAUGAAAACUUCUGAAAGGGCAGAUUACAUAAGGAGGACCGGUCACUUGCCUUCUUCAUUCUCUUUCAAGUUGCCUUCCCUUUGUUGGUAAUCAUAUUAAACUCUGCUGCAAAAUGUUCAAUGUCAUUACAAUCCCUUGUUCUGA